CUUCUUCUACUGCCUUUUAUAAUGGGGGAGGCAUGUGUGGAUAGGUCGGCUCAUUAGCUUUUCUCCUUUUCCACGCCGGCGUUUGCCCCUUUCCUCUCCACUCUCGUCGAUGGCUUCCUUCGCCGGUGGUGCCUCUUCUCUCCUCUUCUCCGUUUUCUUCCUUCUCGCCGCCUCCGCCUCCGCCCGUCCUGGCGUCCCCUUCCACCCAUUCAACGCCCACAUCGUCACCUACACCAUCUCCACAACCGGUGACCACCAUGUUUCCAGGUCCGUCUCCAUUUUACGCAUCAUCACCCCCGCCCGCACCUUCGACGCCGAUCCCCACUCCGCGAUGAACAGACGGCCGGAGUUCCUUUCUUCUAGCCGCGAGCUUGCCCGCCCCGAUCCGGCAGCCUUCGGGUUUAGCUCCCUUCGCGAACGCGCCAAGGAUAUCCUCGUGGUUGUCAUCGGCCUCCUCUUCGGGGUUGGCUGCGGCGCCCUCACCGCCGCUACCAUGUACCUGGCAUGGUCCCUCGUCACCUACCGGUACGAGAUCUGCGGAUCUGAUGCGUACAGCGACGAGGAGGAGGAGAUGGACGAGAGCCCCAAAAAGGCAGGCUACGCCAAGAUCCCUGCUACUGACAUCUCGGUCAAGGAAGGGUAUGAACACAAUUAGGGUUUGCACUAUAUGAAUCUCGUGGGGGAACGUAUUGAUUUGCUUAACAUAUAUGUGAUUAUGGCAGCUUAUUUGCUAUUGCGGUUCUAAUAUCUCCUGUGGAAUUAACCGGAAUUGUUUGUUACUGCAUAUACUUCUAUAUUAUUGCUGUCUCAUCUUCUUCA